AAAAUUGUGUAGUGGACUAUGGAAGAGGUGAUAUUCUAUGUGGGCCAAGGUGAUCCUACCGACAAGCAGUCGCAGGAAUCGUAUGCUUUUGCACAGCUGGUGCAUGGUUCUAGACAGCUUCAAAUGUUUCGGAACGCUGACUGUGCCAAAAACGGUGCUGCUUUUACAGGCGUCGGCAUCGGAGAAAAGGCUUUUAUCGCAUCGCCAAACAAAGCUCUCAUUAACGUCUAUUCAUUUGGUAAAGAUGGUAUCGACCAGCGAAUGCCAGUUCCAGAACAGGUGAACUGUUUGGCGGUUCUCAAAAUGAACACAAGUCCGUCUGAUCAGAGUCUCAACAAACCUUCCUACAGAACUCCAUGGUUAUUGGCGGCAGGCUCUAAAACUGGUAAAGUAUACAUAUGGGACAUCCUCAGUGGAGAAUUAAUCUUUGCCAAGGACGUACAUUACCAAAGCAUCACCAAGAUAGCCUUCAGUAAAUGUGGAACGUUUUUAAUCACCGGAUCUGAGGACUCUAGGUGCCUCAUCUUUAAGACCAUCGAGUUGGUAUCCAUUUUCAACAAGGACCAUGACACGAACGUCAAGCCAUAUAUGUCCAUCACCGAUCACACGUUACCAGUAACAGACUUUUAUGUCAGUAAUGGCCUCAUAAAUGACGUUUCGUUGUACACUGUCUCUAUAGAUAGCACUUUGAGAGUGUAUAACAUCACGACCCGACAAUUGAUGCACACCUUCGUGUUAUCCUCUAGUAUAGAGUGUGUGACAGUGGAUCCUUGUGGCAGAAACAUGUAUCUUGGAUUGACCAAUGGUCAAAUUCGAGUGGUACCAAUGUUCAAAGUGAACAAUAUGAACUUGGAAAGAGCAGGAAAGUUCGGAGAAAUUCUCACUGUACCCAACGACCCAGAACUCCAGAAUACGCUUACUGCCCACGACAGUGCUGUGCUGCAGUUGGAAGUUUCGCUUGACGGAAUGAGUUUAAUCAGUGGUGAUGUUAAUGGGAAUGUGUAUGUUUCUGACAUCACCUCCAAACAGAUUGUAAGAAGCUUCAAAAUCAGCACCGCUAUCACCCAUAUCCUGGCCAUCGUGUGCCCUGAAGAAGCAAUCAAAAACGACUUGGUGGCAGACAAACGAAGCCGGUUACUUCCUCCAUUAAAGAGAGUCUUGCAAGGUCUUGACCAAGUAUCAUACGAAGUUAAUGUCGAGAUUCCCGAAGCACAAACCCACUCGGAUAUCAGUUUCCAACACUGGCUCGAUGCCCAGGCGAGUGACGAGUUGCUGUUCAAAAUCGGUACCACCUCCAGUACUGGUACAACCACCACCACAUCCUCUGAAGAUGGCCAGAAGUUGGCGAAAUUAUCCACUGCAUACGCCGAGUUGAAGGCCAAGUAUGACGAGUUAUUGGCCGACCACCGGGCCCUCUUGUAGCACUUUUUAGCUGAAUAGUAAUGACCUUUAACUUACUCUAGUUUUCAUCUAAUGGCUUAUUGUUCUUAUUACG